CUCUCAUGUUUGUAGUUGAAAAAUCUGAAUUUCAAAGUUCUCUCUCUAAUUAAUCACUCUGAACAAACAAUCCACCCAAGAAAGGCACUUAACCCCAAACCCUUCAGUUGAGUGUCUGUCACCUCAUCUGGGUAGAUUGCAACAAGUGCCCAAACUUUCUCUCUCUAAACCAGAAGUGCCCUAACUCUCUCUCUCUCUCUCUCUCUCUUCCUCUGCAUCAGUGCCAUGGGACUCAGCCCCAAGACCCAAUAUGUGUGGCUUCUACUCAUUCGGGUGUCCCUUAUUUACGAGAAGCAGCAGUAAAUGCCCUAAUCUAUUCUCUAGAAAGAUAAUCUCUCUCUCUCUCUCUCUCUUUUUGUGGGGUGCAUGAAUUUCAAGCUCAGAAGCCUGGAUGUUUGUGAUGAAAAUGCCAUGGGUUGUUUGAGAAUCCCAAUGCCACAUGUUAAUGGUCUCUCUUUCAGAUGAACAAGUUGCUUUAUCAGAGACUGAAGAGUUCUAAAAACCAGAAUUUUCUUCCAAUGGGGGAAGCCACUACUUCAUAUUAUCAGGAAUUCAUUGGAGAUGCGCCUAGGCUAGACAAGUACAAGAAAGUUUCGGUUCUGCCUCUAAUUUUCCUCAUAUAUUAUGAGGUGUCUGGUGGGCCAUUUGGGGUAGAAGAUAGUGUACAAGCCGGAGGCCCUCUUUUAGCCCUUCUUGGCUUCCUGGUUUUUCCUGUUAUAUGGAGCAUUCCAGAAGCUUUGAUCACUGCUGAAAUGGGCACCAUGUUCCCUGAAAAUGGGGGUUAUGUUGUUUGGGUUUCAUCGGCCUUGGGCCCAUUUUGGGGUUUUCAACAAGGGUGGAUGAAAUGGCUAAGUGGGGUCAUUGACAAUGCUUUGUACCCAGUUUUGUUCUUGGACUACUUAAAAUCAGCAGUUCCAGUUCUUGGUGAAGGUUAUCCUAGAGCUGUUACUGCUUUUCUUUUGACGGUUGCACUCACAUAUAUGAAUUACAGGGGUUUGCACAUUGUAGGAUGGACUGCUGUUUCAUUAGGUGUGUUUUCAUUGCUUCCUUUUGUUGUUAUGAGUUUAUUGGCCUUACCAAGACUGGACAUGUCGAGAUGGUUUGUGGUUGAUAUGAGGAAUGUGGAUUGGAAUUUGUACCUGAAUACUCUGUUUUGGAACUUGAAUUAUUGGGACUCCAUUAGCACUCUUGCGGGUGAGGUUGAGAACCCAAGGAGAACCUUGCCCAAAGCGCUUUUUUAUGCCUUGAUUUUGGUUGUUUCGGGGUAUUUUGUGCCUCUUUUGACUGGAAUUGGAGCUGUGAAGCUUGAUAGAGAGGUGUGGAGUGAUGGAUAUUUUGCCGAUUUGGCAAAGAUUCUUGGUGGUGUCUGGUUAAGGUGGUGGAUGGAAGCGGCCGCUGCCUUAUCAAACAUGGGAAUGUUUGUUGCAGAGAUGAGCAGUGAUUCUUUUCAGCUGUUAGGGAUGGCUGAGAGGGGAAUGUUGCCUGAAUUCUUUGCAAAGAGGUCACGUAAUGGAACCCCAUCGAUCGGGAUUUUGUUUUCAGCAUCUGGGGUGGUUUUAUUAUCUUGGUUGAGCUUUCAAGAGAUUGUUGCAGCUGAGAAUUACCUAUAUUGUUUUGGUAUGAUUUUGGAGUUUGUGGCUUUCAUUCGGCUGAGAAUACAAAACCCAACCGCUUCACGACCUUAUAAGGUGCCUUUUGGAACUGUUGGUUCCAUUUUGAUGUGCAUUCCUCCUACGGCUUUAAUAUGUGUGGUUUUAGCAGUUGCUUCUCUCAAGGUCAUGGCUAUAAGCUUGGCGGCUGUGAUGUUUGGCUUCAUCUUGUAUCUGCUUAUUGGCUACAUAAAAAAGAAGCAACUCGUGAGAUUCUCUAUCUGCUCUGACCUCCCAGAUCUUCAAGAAAGUAGGCAUGAUUCUAGUGAACCAGUAAUUUGAGUUUGGGUCUUCUUCUGGGCAUGGGUAACAAGGACUAGAGUUGUUUGAAGUGGGAUGACAUGAGCAUGUCUAUGUGUUUUGCUGCUUUGUUUCUAAUAAGGAUUUUCAUGCCUAGCUAGUUUCUCAUCCAACCAGCCAUGUUUAAGAAUAAUGGAGACUCCAAUUUUAUAAAUAUCUUGUUUUGGUUGGACCAUUAUGUUAACUUAGUUUACUUUCUGUCCUGAGUCGUUGUUAUUGGAGAUUGGUUGUGUUUUGUUAAGAGGAAAUGUGUUAGGGAAGGGUUUUAGGAAAUUCAGUGUGAAUGUCCUUGUGGGUGGCUUUCAGGUACUGCAUUAUAUAUGUAACAAAAUGAAGUUGGAAUACAUGGAUUGUGUGAUUGCCAUCUUCAUCAUAGGCUUCACCAUGCACACUAUCAUACAAAAAUUGAUACUCAUGAAGGUUUGAAGCUGUAAAGAAAUGACACUUACUACUUGUAAUAAUUGUAGGAUUGUUUGGUGUUUACACAUGUGGUCUUGGUUGUCCCUCGCGUGGUGGAUAUUUGUACGAGUUGGGCACCUCAUCUAUCGAGGCACUGCUAUCUAUCGUGGCACUGCUAUCAGACGUAGCAAAUAGCAAAUAUUUAUUGAAGUUAUGGUUGUGGUGGUGUAAUGUGUUUUUAGUACUUAAAUAUUGUCACUUACCAGGUA